CAGAGGCGGCGAUCGAUCGGGCCAGGAGAUGGGUUCAACAGACGGCGACCCGUACAAGUCUUGGUCAUGGUGGCUGGACGCGCUGCAGGCGAUGAGGACAUACUCGAUCCCCAUGGACGCCAAGGAGGCGAGGAUACGCGCGGACGCAGAGGAGGCGACGAAGGAGACGGCCGCGGCGCACCGGGCGGCGGCGGAGGAGGCCCGCAGGAAGCAUCAACUGAAGGAGGAGCUGGAGGCGGUGCGGAAGUGGGUGGCGACGGGGGACCCUGAGGCGGCGGCGUACCGCAUGAAGCGACUGAACGAGGAUCACUUGGAGAUGUUCAUGAGGAGAUCGGCGGAGGACGGCGAUCCCUACGCGGAGGAGGAUCACUCUGACCCGGCGGCUCGCCAAGCCAGCACGUACCGCCGUAACUGGAAGUCUGGAACUACAUGUGGGCGGGUCCUUUCCACGGCACCUUCGAGCACACGACUUCUAUCCCGGCCAUGCGUUUCACUGACGUGCCAGCUGAGCGUUCUGACGGCCCGGACGAAACCCUACAGAUCUUUUCCGUCAAAGUCGCAGAAAUAGCAGAGGAACUGCGGUGGCCGCUGGAUGUCUAUGGCUUGAUCGCCAUACGAGACAAGCUGGAUCGCAACCGCAAUGUCAUCUUUGCUUUCUCCAGGGAUAACGCUCAAACCAUCACUAAGGAGGAUCCAUAUUUAUCCUUGAUAGGUCCAACCCGUGCUGUUGUCUUGUCCAGUGCGUCAGAUACUUUGCGAUUUGAGGUUGUGCUGAAAGUGAAGGGUACUAAUGAAUCUGAAGAUAAAGAUUUCAGCUUCUUAACUAGGAAGUACAGAAGACCGGGAACAAAUCAUUCGUGUGUGAUUAAUCUUGUUGGCACUAGCAGGCUUAGCAAACUUGAGUGGACAUUUGGCUACCUGGUUAAAUCUGUGGAGGCAACAAUUAAUAUACAAGUUAUUCAUGGGUCAUGGCCAAAUGGUUGUCAAGGUAUAUUUACUGCAAGUACUGUUGGUCUUGAUGACAUGAAAGUCUUGCUGCUCUCUCUUCAAAAUGAGAAGUUGCCUUUUAACGUUGAUGGCAUGAUCAAUCUUUCACGCCAUGUUGUUUCUGUUGAAAUCGAGGGAGGGCUGAAAAUUAUGGUUGCGACAGAAAAUGCAGAAGGGAAACAAGUCAGUGCAAAAGAUGAAACUGUUUUCACACCUAGAGAGGCCGGUAGAAGCUGUGCUAUUCUUAAAGUUUGCUCAUGCGUGAUGAAAGUCGUCGUUGCGUGGUCAGUUGUUAGCUGGUUUUGAUCUCUAGACACAACAAUGUACUGUAUGGGAUCUA